CUCUUAUAAUCUGAAGCUGAAGCCCAAUCCAAUUUUUUAAAGAGGCCCAUAUCUAAAAAAAUCCAGCCAGCCGCUAUUGCUUGAUCGAUCGAUUCGUACAGUAUUUCGUAUCAGACAGAAAUCUGAAAACGUAGUCGGAGUAGGAAGCAAGGCCGGCGGCGGCCGCUAAAAACAAAGAGUGAGAAAGGUAAAAUAAAAUAGAUGGGUGGUGCAUUUUGGGGGACACGGGUGAUGGAGGUAGUGAAGAAGCAUGAUUCUGGAGGACUCGUUUGGAAGAGAAUCAAGCUCACCACCACCCGUAAAGCCAAUGCCAAGAAGCGUCUUCUCCGUGUGUGGCAGAACGAAGCCGUCCUCAAGGCAUGUUCUGAACCAUCUCCUUCAGUAAGUUCUUCUGCCAGUGCAAACAAUGUUGCAAAGAGUAAUUAAGUUGAAGGGUGUCCACCUGAACGUUGUUCCAUCAGUAAUUUGGGUUACCUACUAUUUUUCAUGAUUUUCAAAAACAUUGAAACUAUUAGGCAAUGCGGCUUCAAAUACGGCCACAAUUGUAAUAUUGUAGGUGCAUAGGUAACGUGGUUCAUUAUUCAAAAGUAGUAUGAUCUAUGCAUGUACAUAGUUCAUUCCUAAUAGGAUGAUUUAACUUGCAGCAUGUAACUUGAGUUUGUGGUUUCCUGUUAAUUUUUACAUUAUUUAUGUCUUGCUUGCUAUACAUAUCAUAAUAGCUGUUAUUGAAGACAGUUGGAUUUAUGGGAAUUGUCUUCCUUUUUUAUGCUGUUCA